AUGUUGUUAUGGUAUGUCUGGGAAGCAGGGCUCUCAGUCCAUACCUUUGCUGCAUGUCCGCUGUUUAGUACCCAGGUUUUGUCAGAAGUCUCACUAAUCAUGACGCGUUUGCUGGGUUCUGGCCUCGGCCUUGUCUUCCUGCGGCUCUCGCUGUGCUGGGCGGAGACCGGAACCGAGACAUGCGCCCCGGGAACCCGUCGACACCCGAGCUUUCCGCCCUUCGGCCUCAGCCACAGCGAGACGGCCGAGUGGUUCAAGAUGAACCUGCCUCCGAUGUUACCAGCACCUCAGAUGAGCGCCCAGGAAAAGCAAUACGCACGAUGGUCGGCAGUGGAGUAUAUUUCCGCCCGCCGGGCGGGGCAGGUGACUUGCGAAGAGUACACAUCAGCCUUGAUCAAGAGGAUCCGAUAUUACAAGGACAUGAAUCAGUUCAUGAACUGGGACAACGAUCCCGACUGGAUCAAGCGUGUGCUAGCUGCAGCCAAAAGGAUGGACAAGAAGGCAAAGGCGGAGGGCCUCGAGUCCAUCGCUCCACUCUACGGUCUGCCCAUCCCCAUGAAAGGAACCAUGGCCACAGACGACUUCAUCUCUUCCGCUGGCGUUGGGAUUUUGCACGACCUCCGGGCCAAGGACAAUGCGGACUUCAUCAAGAUCGUCCUUGAGAAAAAUGGCAUCGUUUUGGGGAAGACUAACGUCCCAGAAUUUGCCGCCUCGCUUGUGACUUGCAACUACGCGAACGGUUGCACCAUGAAUCCCCAUGAUCACACACUCACCAGCGGUGGGUCCAGUGGCGGCUCAGGAUCGGCAGUUGGAUCAUACCUGGCACCAGUGGCGGUUACGGAGGACACCGGUGGCUCUACCCGUGCGCCUGCUUUCUCAAAUGGCAACUUUGGCUACGACCCAACCCGCGGGCAUUUUCCCAAUGCUGGCAAUCCAGGUAUGGCCUUGAUUCUGGACCAGUUGGGCCUCAAUGCCCGGAGCAUCGACGACAUCCUCCUCAUCGAUGGAGCUGUAAGUGGCUACGAUCCUGCAACAGUCAAGGCCAAAAAGAUCAGUGAACUCCGUGUCGGUGUGCCUCGCUACCCGUUCGUGGAGGCUUACAUCCCGGCAGGGGGUGACAACCCGUUCGGGUACAUCGAGGCCCCCAUGGCCUACAUGCCUUCCCAGCCCAUCAUGGCAAAGUACGAGGCAGCCAAGGAGGCUCUGAAAAAGGCAGGCGCCACACUGGUAGCCAAAGAGUGGCCAUCUGAAUCAGGUCAGAAUGUACUCGCGAAAGCCUUCUUCCAGAUGAAGAUGGGAAAUGAAGUGGUCAGUGCCCAAGGUCACGUCUUCGCCACGUACAUGGGUCAGGUGGCGCAGUGGAUGUAUGAUUACCUGGGUGCAAAUGUCACUAUCGAACAAGUCAUUGCCGACGCGCAGAGCGCGGGUGCGGGCCAUUCUCCAAGAGGCUUCAUGACGCUCUCAAGUGUCCUGAGUGAAGCGAAGCUCAACUUCAUCCUUCAGGAGCUCAGGGCUGCGGGGGCCGAUGCCUGGAACAGGCUCUUCGACGAGGAGGAGCUGGAUGCCAUCUUGAUCCCAGGGUACCUGCACACCCCGACCUACGAGUGCAUGGCCGCAUCGACCUGUGUGCACCAG